AUGACUGCGUUAGUAGAAACGACUGGGCUUCAAAGAGAUCUGUUUGAAGCGAUGGAUAUUGAGGAAUUGGAAAGCUUGUGGAAACGAGUCUAUUUGUUGCAAGAACAAUCUUCUCUUAGCUCGGACAAAAUGAUGGAUCGUGUUUUAGACGACGAGGAGAAAUAUGCUGGAAUUUUCGCAACUUAUGAGAUUGACAACAUUGAUAGCAUGGAGCUUGAUCAAAUAGGAGAGUCUGGGGACGACUCUUCUGCCAGGAAAAUUCAUUAA